AUGAACUACAUUCGGUCGUUCUGGAACAGUCCCACUGGCCUCAGAUCCACUCAUUUCUGGGGUCCUACCUUCAAUUGGUCCCUUCCUCUUGCGGCAGCAAUGGACAUGAAGAAUCCAGCAGAAACAAUAUCUGGCAAAAUGACUGGAGUUAUGUGUGUUUAUUCUGCAUUGUUCAUGAGGUUUGCUUGGGUGAUACGUCCCAUAACCCACAUCUUCUUCUGUGCCAUGCCUCCAAUGAGACGCUGCAAUUGUAUCAGCUUUCAAGGUGGUUCAGAGCUCAAAGGGACCUUGCCCACAACAAAACGGAAGCGGAUACAGAGUGAAAAAUAUUUAACAAGUUUUUUAUGA